AUGACUGCCGUCAUCGGCCACCUCACCAAUCUCGAGUUUACACCCGAGCACAAGAACUGGAGUUUCCCGCCCCCCGAGUCGCUCUUCCACGCGCCAGUCGUCACCAGUGUAUACGAUGAUAAGAAAAAUAUUGCCCAAAAUUUGGCGGAGCAGGCAAGGUUUGCCCGUCUGCUCGUCAUCUGGACGGAUUGCGAUCGCGAGGGAGAGCACAUUGGCCAAGAGAUCGUCGAUGCUGCCAAGAAGGGCAACGCUCAACUACAAGUCAAACGUGCUCGCUUCAGCAACGUCGAAAGAGCGCACGUCUUGACUGCUGCCACUCGCCUUAUCAAUCUUGACGAGAAGCAGGUGAAUGCUGUCGCUGCGCGAAUGGAACUCGAUUUGCGCAUAGGAUACGCCUUCACACGGUUCAUGACCAACAAUCUACGGCCACUGGGCGGACCAAUGGAAAAUUUGACCCUAAGCUACGGUUCAUGCCAAUUCCCUACCCUUGGUUUCGUUGUAGACCGGUAUUUUCGAGUCAAGAAUUUUGUCCCGGAGCCAUUCUGGAGCAUCAAGGUCACCCACAGCCGUGAACGCAAGCAAGUUUCUUUCAGCUGGUCACGAUCUCGGCUUUUUGAUCGCAUGACGACCAUUAUUCUAUAUGAAAGAUGCCUGGCUGCUAAAUUGGCCAAAAUUACCAAGGUUCAGGAAAAGCCAACGCGCAGGUUUAAACCGCUGCCACUUACCACAGUCGAGCUCCAAAAGGCAGCCACUCGCUUGCUUCGGAUGAGUGGUCAACAAGCCAUGACAAUUGCAGAAGGGCUUUACAACAAAGGAUUCAUCAGCUAUCCAAGAACAGAGACGGACCGCUUCGACAAGGGCAUAAAUCUGCGCACGUUGGUGCAAAAGCAGACACCUGACCAGCGCUGGGGUGAAUUCGCACAAGGUCUUGUGAACGGUGGGUUUCAGCAGCCACGUGAAGGGAGGCACGAUGAUAAAGCGCAUCCGCCUAUCCAUCCUAUUACGUAUGCCGCCCCGAGCGUGUUGAACCACGACGAAGGACGCCUGUACGAGUAUGUUGUGAGACGGUUUCUUGCCUGCUGCUCAGAAGAUGCCAAGGGUUCCGCAACGGAAAUCGAGCUUCAAUUCGGCGAAGAGAUGUUUAGCGCUCAUGGCGUCAUUGUCUUGGAACGAAACUACCUCGAUGUCUACGUAUACGAGAAAUGGAACGACACGGCGGAGCUGCCCAAAUUUACAGUUGGAGAGCAAUUUCAACCGACCGAGGCCAUGAUGACGGAAGGCAAAACAGGGCCACCGUCGUAUCUUACGGAAGCAGAUCUCAUUGCGCUAAUGGAUGCCAACGGUAUUGGCACGGAUGCGACCAUGGCCGAACACAUUCAGAAAAUCCAGGACCGAGAAUACGCGGCGACGAUAGACCGUUCGGGUGCUGCCACGGGCGGUGGCAGCGAUGACGACCAAGACUCUGACAGCGCGCAAGCAGGCAGAGGUGGACGCGGCCGUGGUGGGCGUGGUCGGGGUCGCGGAAGAGGCGGUCGUGGCGGCGGCGGAGCAACGGGACGAGGCAGAGGCGGGGGCGUCAGGGUGUUUGUGCCGACGCAGCUGGGUGUGGCCCUGAUACUGGGCUUUGACCGGAUGAAUUUCGAGACGAGCCUGGGCAAGCCGUUUCUACGAAAGGAGGUGGAACUCAAGAUGAAGGCCAUCUGCGAGGGCCGGCUCAGCAAGGAUGUCAUGCUCCGGGAAAGCAUCGCGCAAUACAGAGAGGUCUUUAUGCAGUCGCAGGAGCGGCUGAAUGUGCUGAAGCGGGCGUGUCGCGAGUUUGUCUUUGCGCAGCCUGGAUGA